AUGAAUGCGGCCCGGGCUCUGCUCUCCGCCGUGUUCCUCGCUGGCUUCUUCUGGGGGGAUCUGCCCUGUGGCCAACAGGCCACCAUCCCCGCCGCCACCGCCGCGCCGCCUCUCCGGGAGUCCCCCAAGGGCAAGCGGAGCUGCCGGGAGGGCGGAGCGUCCCGAUCGGUUGGAGACGCGGCCAGAAAGGGACCCGCUGCAGCCCAGCCGCGAGUGGAGCCCCACGAGUACAUGCUCUCCCUCUACCGGACCUAUUCCAUCGCCGAGAAACUGGGCAUCAACGCCAGCUUCUUCCAGUCCUCCAAAGCCGCCAACACCAUCACCAGCUUUGUGGACAGGGGGCGAGACGAUCUUUCGCCCAGCGCUUUAAGGAGACAAAAAUAUUUGUUUGAUGUAUCGACUCUCUCAGACAAAGAGGAGCUGGUGGGGGCUGAGCUCCGUCUCUUUCGGAAAGCCCCCGGCGAUCCCUUCUCCAAGGCUCAGACAGGCUUGGCCCGUCUGCAGGUCUCGCCCUGCCUUUCGGGCCGCCGACUGGACUCCAGGACCCUGGACUUGCAGGAGGCGGCGCUGGCCCGGCCCGGUGGCGGCUGGGAGGUAUUUGAUGUGGGGCAAGCUUUACAGCCCCACCGCGGGCCCCGGAAGAAGCGACCACAGCUGUGCCUGGAGCUGCGAGCCGUCGGGGGCACCCGAGCGCACCCCCGCCCGCAGCUGCUGGACCUGCGCCCCCUAGGCCUGGGGCGAGGCGCCCGGGCGCAGCAGGAGAAGGCGCUGCUGGUGGUCUUCACCAAGUCGAGGCGGAAGAACCUCUUCGCGGAGUUACGCCACGAGCUGGGAGCCCGGCCGCUGCCGCUGCCGCAGAACGCGCCCGCGCUGCCCUGGGAAGCGCCGGGCGCCGUCCAGCUGCGCUUCCAGGCCCGCCGCAUGAAGCGCGCCGCGUACAGCAGCCGGCACGGGAAGCGGCACGGGAAGAAGGCGCGGCUGCGGUGCAGCAAGAAGGCGCUGCACGUGAACUUCAAGGAGCUGGGCUGGGACGACUGGAUCAUCGCCCCGCUCGAGUACGAGGCCUACCACUGCGAGGGCGUGUGCGACUUCCCCCUGCGCUCGCACCUGGAGCCCACCAACCACGCCAUCAUCCAGACGCUCAUGAACUCCAUGGACCCGGGCACCACGCCGCCCAGCUGCUGCGUGCCGGCCAAGCUGACGCCCAUCAGCAUCCUGUACACGGACGCGGGCAACAACGUCGUGUAUAAACAGUACGAGGACAUGGUGGUCGAGUCCUGCGGGUGCAGGUAGCGGCGCGCCUCCCCGUCUCCCCCGGACGAGAGAAGCAUCAGGGAACUCACACGGCAGAGAGCGAGCCCACGCGAGAGACACGCGAGGGAGAGCAGAAGGAAGCGCGCCCCGUGAGGGGACGGCCGCAGCGCAAGCUACGGCGAGCCUUCGCAAGACAGCUUUGCGAGCGCCCGCCUCGGCGCAGCUCACUUCUGCCAGCGCUGCGCGUGCGGCCCUCCCCGUACACGAGGCGAGGGCAGAAUGGGCGAUCCGGACUGCGUCUGCGCAUCCUCUGCUUCAGGGGUUCAGGUUCCUCCGCCUAAAGAGCGGGGAGAGAGCGCGCCCAACGCCAUUUUCGGAACAGCCUGGAUGUUUUGGCAUCCUGGCAAAGCCAUCCGUAGGAUGGGAGUUUUUGCUCAGAAAACACGUGGCAAAGGUUGCUAUGGGGAGACUGAAGGCUGGUCGGUUGAUCACGGCGCAGCAGACGUCUCUCCCCGGCUGGAGCUACCCAAACGAGUAGUGACCCAUUUUUCAGAAAUUAAGCAUUGGUUUUGAAUUCGGAAACGCAAGCUUUUCUGGGAUCAUUCCCUUUCCCUUUCCUUCUUGUAUGUGCCCUUGUAGUCCUUGGAAGAAAAUAAAAAAGGAGAAUCAGGGAGGUUCCCCGCGUCCCCUAAGAUAGGCAACGUUUUGGGGUCAGAAAUUGAAUUGCGAGAAGCAGGCAAAGGCACAAGUCGUCGGUUCCUUUCGUAAGUGGCGCUAGCCUAGUGCACUCCUCUCGUUGACAGAACUUGGGGUUUAUAUUCAGGUUUUAAAACUGACUUUUACUUUUCAUCCUGCCCCAGUGUCAUUCGCCUAUGCGGACAAACUGCGUUGAAGCAACACUAGGUGGCUUCUAAUUUCUGACUUGAAGGGAGUGAAGGCAUAGAUCAGGCAGAGUGCUUCACUUCCAAUGCAGGAUCCUGUUCUUAGAAUGUGAUCCUGGUGAUCUCUUCCAGGCUCUCUUUUCAGAGAAGGUUUACAAAAAGCAAGUGCAGAAAAAAUUAGUUCGACGGUCUUUGAAUCCAGAAUUUUUUGUUAUUGUUUCCCUUACAAAUAUUUCCAUCUUGAAAUAGGUUAAGUACCCCCUUCUUCCUCCUAAAAAAAAAUAAUAAUAAACCCCAGUCCAUAAUUAUUAGUUAGGUGGCUGAUCUUUAAAUCUAUAAAUUAGAAGCUGUGAAAAGAGCUACAGGAGGGACACACUAGGUAGGUUUAGAUGGGCAUGAAAGAGUUCCUUGAUUUCAAGAUGUCUCCAUAAAUUCCAGGAAGGGCAAGUAGACAGGUGCUUUGGCAAGGUACAGUGGUGUUCUGUAGUUAAUGCAGAUGUGAUGCUGAGAGAGACAAUCAUUAAAUGCUGACUUUCCUUGCUCCACAAAUAAGGCUUUACAGAGAAGGAAAAUGCACUUGGAAAGAGACUCGUUAGGCAUUUCCUUCUCUUGUGGAUUCAGGAUUUCAUAGAACUUCAAAAGGGUGGGAGGGUGAAGGAAAGAAGUAUGAGUGUAUAAAUAAAUAGAUAAAUAAUAUAAAAUGCUAAUAAAGGAAAGCCUUGACCAGGAGCGAUAAUUUAAACGCAAGUGCACACUUUGGUUUGGAUACAGUGUUGUUCAUAUUGAAGCUGUAAAUAUUUAUUUAAAAGAGACUGCAAAGUACAAAAAUGGAGGUGAGCAAUGUACAUUUCCCUUUUUCCCUUAAUGCCCAGAGCAUUAUAUGCACUCAAGUGUCUAAUAUUUUUUUUUAAAUAUAUUUGAGCUGUACAGAUUUAAGCAUUAAUCAAAUGUUUCAUUUGUACGUCUGUAAUGUCAUCAUUUUUUUCUCUUUAAAAUGUUCUUGCAAGAUUUAAAAUUAUGUGCUAAUGAAGAAUUCUUUGUUUCUACUGUCUACCUCACUAUGUUGCGAGGGCUUGAUCUUCUGGGAAGAUUCCCCAAUCAGGCUCUGGUUGAUUUCCCAUUCACUUCAGUGAUGCUUUGAGCAGGACAUCUUGCUGGGUUUUAUUUCAAAUAUUUACAGCACAAGAAUCCUCUGCAUACUUACCCAGGAAUAAGUGCCAUUAAAUACAGUUAGAGCUUAUCUCUGAGUCAGAAUGGAUGGGAUCGCAGUGUAAUGUUUUCCGAGAUGAAUUAAUACCCAGAACAUUUUUACAGGACACUUUUACUGGAUGGUAUUAAAAUUA